CGGCGUGCAGUAGCAGCCUAGCACCGCUUGGCGUGUAACCCGACACUUACCGUGUCUGUGGCGGAGGUUGAGCCCGUUUAAAAGGGAAAGGGAUGGAAGCAAGCCUCUUUACUCCGUCACCACCUCCGACCGAACCCCGGCACCUUCCUCCGGCCGCGCGUCCCUCACUCUGGAUCAGCCUAAAUGAAUGAAACACUGGGGAAUAUCCACACGCACGCCAGCGGGGAGACUCUGUGUCCAAACGUCAGUCCGCGAGGAUUUUAUGUCGGGCUUGACAGGCUAUAGUCAACAUGCGUUGUCCCUCCCGGAGCUUCACCCCGAGCUUUUCAGAUGUGUGACCGGCCACCGGUGUCUUGCGCCCGCCAUCGCCAAGGAGUCACGCUGUGAUUGACGGAUCAGGUUUUUGACUGCCAGGACAAAUGAAUACAAAUGAAUUUAGGCACCCAAAGGAGAGAUUGCAAAACCUCUCAUCUAGACACAAAGAGGGCCUUAUUGCUCUGCACUGUUCUAUACUGUACUUGUUACCUGGGACUUACACAAGUACACUCUGAAGAUGUGGACAUCCUCCAAAAGUUGGGGCUUAGAGGAGACAAGUCGUCACGCUCCGUACCAGCUGGGGUCAUUCCGUUCAGGUCUGGGUUCAUCCUCAACCAGCAGGCGCACAUCGAAAGUCCACUGCGUUCCAUUUUCCCGCCAACAUUUUGGACCAAUGCGGCACUGGUCCUAAGUGUGAGCUCGCACAGAGUAAACAGUGCCUUCCUCUUCACCCUGCUCUCGGAGAAUAAAAAGCUUCUUCUGGGCCUACAGCUUAUUCCAGGGAGUCUAGUCCUCCACACGGGCCCAAACACUUCGGUGGCACUGCCCUAUGAACCCCAUGACGGCCAGUGGCACCAGCUGGCGUUAGGAAUUAAUGGACAGAAAGUGACUCUAUAUGCCUCCUGCGGAGAGCAGAGUGUUCAUGCGGAUUUUGGAUGGGACAAUGCGGAAGGACUGGCCCAGGAGCGCCAGGACUCCUUCCUGCUGGGGCGGUCAAGCCAACAUCAAGCCUCAGCGCACUUUGAAGGAGCCAUCUGCCAGUUUGACCUGAUCCCCUCUGCCCAGGCAGCUCACAACUACUGCAAGUAUAUUAAGAAACAGUGCAGGGAAGCCGACACAUACAGGCCUAACCUUCCACCCUUGCUGCCCAUCUUCCCUCGACAAACCAACGUAUCAUCUACAGCUGUUCCUAAGCAUGGUAGACCAGUAACAGCCAAAAAGGCCUCUGCUUUUAACCUUGCCCGGAGUGUUGCGGCUGCUGCCUCUGCCGUCAGAUAUGUCUCCCUCUCCCAAACAAUAAAGCCCACCCUUGGCACCACUCCUACAACUUUGCUGGCCACCGUAAUGCCAGUCACAGCUCAGCUUGGCCUCUCUGCUCCUCCAACCAAGGCAAGAACUGAAACGGUCACAGCUCAACUUAGGACCACAGUAUUCCCAACCAAACCACCUGCUACAAGAUUAUCCACCUCCAAAACAACGAUUCAAACAUCACCCAAACUUACUUCCCAAAAGCCUACUGCACAAAGCAGUGCCAAAACAAAGAUUGUGGUAACCGAAAAGAAAAGGAAACCUUCUCCUCCAGUCACUGCUAGCCCCAAACCUUCUAAGAAAAAAACAGACAACAUUUUAUUUGAUCAAGAUCCACCUCUAAAAAAACCACAGCCAACCACAGCCAAGAAAACACCCACCAAGCCUAAAGUUGCACCAUCCAAAGCCACUCUCACUAAACCCAAGUUUAACCUUGUCAAAGCGCCAAUCUUUAAACCAGCACUAUCCAAAGUGAACCCCUCAAAACCAACCAUCUCAAAGACUACCGCUAAAAACAGCAAGCCAAAGCCCACCAAGCAAGCCAAAACCACCAAAGCCCCAGUGACUUCGCAGCCUACCAGACCUUCGUACCAUGUUGUAACGUCACCUGCCACAGACAGCUUCCAGAGCUGGGAGUUGGCUCCAACUCAAUUCUCCCUACUAGCUGGACCUGGAGGAGAAAAAGGAGAACAAGGCCCUUCGGGACUUCAAGGACCUCCAGGGAAGCCAGGCCUGCAAGGCAAGAGGGGUCCUCGGGGUCCUCCGGGUCCUCAUGGAAACCCUGGUCGAUCCGGUCCACCUGGUCUCAAGGGUAGAAAAGGAGAUCCUGGCAUCUCACCUGGGCCAGCCCCCAAAGGAGAGAAGGGAGACUCAGGGAUCCUUGGUCCGUCUGGACUUAUUGGUCAAGAAGGUCGAAAGGGACAGAAAGGUUACCCCGGUCCACCUGGUCUCCCCGGAGAAUCCGGAGAGCAAGGUCCAGUCGGAAGCCCAGGUGCCAAAGGUUAUCCUGGCAGGCAGGGUCUACCUGGGCCAAUAGGACCAAUGGGGCCCAAAGGCGUGCGGGGCUUCAUUGGAAUCCCCGGGCUUUUUGGCCUCCCUGGGCCUGAUGGCGAAAGAGGCAUUCCCGGCGAACCAGGGAAGAGGGGCAAGAUGGGUAGGCCGGGGUUUCCUGGGGACUUUGGAGAGCGAGGACCACCUGGGGCGGACGGAGAACCAGGCCAGCUGGGAGCACCCGGUCCAAAUGGAGUUCUCGGACUAAUUGGUGAUAUGGGACCUGUUGGAGAGAUGGGCCUUCCAGGACCAAAUGGACUGAAGGGAGUGCCUGGAAAUCCCGGAGAACCAGGACUGAAAGGUGAUAAGGGUGACAUUGGGAUAUCGGGCGAGCAAGGCGAGACGGGCUACAAAGGAGACAAGGGCAUCCAAGGAGCUCCGGGUCCACCUGGAAUCCGCGGAAAACCAGGACCGCCGGGCAGUCCAGGCGAUAAAGGCCCCGAUGGCACAGCAGGACCAAUCGGCCCUGAAGGUUUUCCUGGAGACAUGGGACCACCGGGAGAGAACGGCCUUGAAGGGCCAAAGGGAAAGCUAGGGACAAGAGGUUUACCUGGGCCACAAGGGGUAGCUGGCUUGGAGGGAGACGAGGGCCCUAUUGGACCACCAGGACCAAUGGGAUUGGAGGGUCGACUGGGCAGAAAAGGAUUCCCUGGGAAGGUCGGGCCUGAGGGAGUGAAGGGAGAGACUGGCAUCACAGGAAAAGUUGGAUCGAUGGGGGAAAGAGGCUUGGUUGGUUUUAUCGGACCUGUGGGAGAGGCGGGGCUGGCGGGAGAGAAGGGAGACCGUGGGUCCAUGGGCCUUCCUGGACCGGCUGGAGAAAAGGGUUCUACGGGUCACCCAGGGACACCAGGGGAGACCGGGCCUUCAGGACCACCAGGCAAACCAGGACCCCCAGGGGGAACGGGACCCGCAGGUACCAGGGGACCCAAAGGUUUGCGGGGCGCCACGGGUCCUGACGGUCCAACGGGAGAGAUAGGGUUAGAGGGCAAGAAGGGUCUAGAUGGUCCUCCAGGAAAAAUCGGCUUCCCCGGACUCCAGGGGAAAAUUGGGGAUCCUGGAGAAACUGGGUCUAAAGGUUUUCCUGGUAUCCAAGGGUCAUCUGGACCACCAGGGGACAAGGGAAUCGCAGGCGAGCAGGGACCUCCUGGACCACCGGGCACUAUUGGUCUCUUAGGAGAAAUUGGUCAGAAGGGUCCUCCAGGGAACCUUGGGGAGCCAGGACUGCCAGGCGAGCCAGGGGAGAAGGGAGCUAUCGGACCUGCUGGGAACAUUGGCGAGCAGGGACUCAUUGGACCGCGGGGUGAACCGGGUUUGGAGGGAGAGGCUGGUGCUGCUGGUCCAGAUGGAGCCAAGGGGGAUAAGGGUGACAUGGGUCAAGAGGCCGACCAAGGUGAAAAAGGCGAAACUGGUUUAAAGGGAAAGGAGGGUCCUGCCGGAAGUCCUGGAAUCCCUGGUGUCAGAGGCCAAGAAGGGAAAUCUGGCAAAAUUGGUGAACAAGGCAAACUAGGACCAAAGGGUGUCAAAGGCCACCAAGGUCACCUCGGGGAGACCGGGUCGGUGGGCAAGACCGGACCACAAGGUACCAUCGGUCCAAAGGGCUCCAGAGGAACGAUCGGACAUGUGGGAGCUCCAGGAAGAAUGGGUCAGCAGGGAGAACCAGGCAUUUCAGGUUAUGAGGGCCAUCAGGGACGGUCGGGCCCAAUGGGGCGUCCAGGACCAAAAGGUGAAAAGGGCGAACAGGGUGAUGAUGGGAAAAUCGAGGGUCCUCCUGGUCCUCUCGGUGACAUAGGUCCUCCCGGCGACAGAGGAGAGAGAGGGGAACCAGGCGACCCAGGAUACAAAGGUCAAGUGGGUUUAGAUGGUGAAAGAGGAAGACCUGGAGCUCCUGGACUUCUUGGACACCCUGGACCUCGAGGAAUUCAAGGACCGAAAGGGGCCAAAGGAGACCUAGGUCAAAAAGGCAAAAAGGGUCAUGUAGGACCAAAAGGAGGCAGAGGAAUGGAGGGGACUGGCGGCCCUUCCGGUCCAAGAGGUGUGGUGGGUCGAGAAGGGCAGGAGGGUUUGCCCGGGAUGGACGGAAUGCCAGGAAAGGAUGGAAGUAAAGGCAUGCCGGGAGAGCAUGGAGACGACGGAGACUUUGGCGUCCCCGGCAAAGCUGGCGGUCGUGGAAAGCCGGGUGUUCCAGGACUUCCAGGAGACCAAGGUGUCUAUGGACCAAAGGGUGACCGAGGUCUAAGAGGACAGAGUGGACCUCCAGGCAAAAGAGGCUUCAGAGGAGGGAUGGGACUUCCAGGGUCGCAGGGAGAUCGAGGACCGAAAGGACAACCUGGUGAUGUUGGAGAAUCUGGAUUUCCGGGGAUAUUUGGUGUUUUUGGUCCAAAGGGUCCUCCUGGAGACUUUGGUCCAAAGGGCAUUCGAGGACCAAAGGGUCCCAUAGGAAGCAUGGGCAGAGGAGGAGUUAUAGGCCCCGCAGGAAUAAUUGGCCCCAAUGGAAGAGCGGGUCCCAGAGGGGAGAAAGGCAACCGUGGAGCCAUGGGAGUACAAGGACCUAGGGGAUCCCCCGGACCACGUGGACGCCCUGGACCUCCAGGCCUCCCUCGUGUUCCUCCGUCUUUUAAAGAGGAUGGUCUUUUGUUUAUGGAUCCACACAGCCAGCUCAGGAGUGAGUCUCCCAAGAAUAAGAUGGUGAUGGACCUGCCCAUGCUGGACCAGGGCGCAGAGAUCUUUAAGACCCUCCACUACCUCAGUAACCUGAUCCAUAGCCUGAAGAACCCACUGGGCACCAGGGACAACCCUGCCCGCAUUUGUAGGGACCUGCGCAGCUGUGAACACAAGCUAAACGAUGGCACUUAUUGGAUUGACCCUAACCUUGGUUGCUGGUCCGAUACAAUCGAAGUGUCCUGCAACUUUACGGGUGGUGGGCAGACGUGCCUGAAACCCGUAACUGUAGCCAAGCCCACGGUGAGCGUUGGCCGGGUCCAGAUGAACUUCCUGCACCUGCUGAGCUCCGAGGCGGUACAGCAUGUCACCAUCCACUGCCUCAACGUCUCCGUCUGGACAUCGGACCGAGAUCUGACACCAUCGCGGGAAACUUCUGUGCGAUUCAAGGCCUGGACCGGCGAGGUGUUUGAGGCAGGAGGAGAGCUGGAGCCCGAGGUGGUGGAGGACUCUUGCUGGAUGAAAGAUGGCCGCUGGCACCAGGCCCAUUUUGUCUUCCACUCCUUGGACCCGUCCCUGCUCCCCGUGACGGACAUCAUCAACCUCCCCAAGACCACCCCCGGCUCACACUACCACCUGGAGAUAGGUCCCGUCUGCUUCCUGUAAGGCGCUGCUGCGGUCCUUCAAAAUAAAAGAGGGUGGGUCGCCGCCCUGCGACGGCGCACGCCCGAGCCACACCCCCGCCCUCCGAGCAGCUCGUGCCAACCUCUCAUUGGACUGCAGAUACAGGAGAGGGGGUGUCGGCCAGCGGGAGACUGGCGAGCAGAGGAGGAGCAGGGGGAGUUCUUGCACUAAAUUCCUCCAACAGGCCAAUUGCUUCUCCCAGCUGUGGAACAUUGACCAGCGAAGAAGGACGUUCUCAUAAGAACUUAUUUUUGUAUACGGUCUGUAUACCAUGUGAUGUAUUUUAUUUUGGCAAAAUAGCAGGAAAUACAUUCUAAAAUAUAGUACGGUAAUAAUAAUGGAAACCAGUUAAAUGUACAUAAUAAGUAUGCUUAUUAUCCAUGUAAAGAAAUCAUCUUCAAGUGCAAUAGAAAAUGAGAAGAUAAGUCUACACUUAAAGUAAAUUUUUUAUUUGCCUUUGGUGCUGAUCUCCUUUGGAUUUUACUCACAUGUUUUAUUGUAUUAUUAUUAUUAUUCAAUCUGAUCAGAAGCAUCUGUAUUUAUUAGUGCUCCAGUAGGGAGAGAAGCGUCAUCAUUAACUACUCGGGGUGCAAAAAGGAAUACAUUCACAUCCAAAUCGUGAUACUUAUUCAUAAUUUUAAAAAAAUCGAUUUAUAAACUUUAUUUUUAAUUUUUUAUAAGACUCAAUUUAAAAAAUAUAUGUUUUCAGGCCUUCUCCGUGCAACCAGAAGGUGCUUAUUUAACUGUAACCUGUUUUGAAAUAGUUUCAUUAUAAUUUAUUUGACCACAUAAUAUAUUGCGAGUUAAAUCAAGAAUCGAUUCUGAAUCGAAUCGUUAGGUACCCAAAUAUCCACACCCCUAUUAACUAGCACCCAUCAUGAAACUCUGUGACAUGCCAUGCAGUAGAAUAAGCGUAUUAUAGAUGCAUUUUUAACCAGAUGCCACUGAUGGGAAAACACAUAGCAAAUUCAAAAAUCUAGCUCUCGACCAGCUUUUUUUUAAUCGUUUUUGGGGGGGAUGUCUGCCACCCUUUCACCAUGCUGAGGAUGGAGCGUCGAAAUCAGCGAAGGAUACCAGAGCCCGAGCUAAAAUCAGCCCUGUGGCCGACGUGACAAUCAUUGGUACUUUAACUUUAACUUAAAUAAUUCAACUAUUUAAGGUGCUAAUCAUAAUGCUGUAAUUACACCACUCUGAUAGAAUGUUUAUAGUGCAGGCUCGCUUGGAUUAAUUUAAAAAUGUAUUAUUAAAAAAAAAAAAAAGUAAUAUAUAUAUGCAUAUAUAUAUAUUGCCAUAGCUUCCAUAAAGAUCAUGUCAUGUUUUUUAUAUUGGUUAUUAAAAAUGCAUUUGCAGAAAUCUUUUAUGUGAGGGAUGAAAGUGUCUUCUUUUGUAAAUCCAGUAUAAAACACAGGGUUUUAAGUACUUUUUUUUGGGGGGGGGGUAUUUUUUUUUUUUUACAAGCGCCCCAAGUUAGGAUGUUUUGGAGACACAGCGUCAUGAGAAUAUGUAUUUGUUUGAACUGGACACCAGUGUGUAUAAUUGUGAAACCUUAUACAGUGGACCCCCCCCCCCUCUGGCUAUUUUAAUGUUAUUUAAUAUUUGCAAACUGAGCAACAAGAAACCGCGUCAAUAUCUUUAUACAUCAGUUUGCCCAACUGGUCUUGGAGUUUAUCAUUUUUAUGUGUACAUUUGGUGCUCCAGAGAGAACAAAGUUAUAACAAUAAUUUGCUUUUAUUUUUUUAUUAUUUUUUUUCUUCAUUGUUGGGCUUUUUUUCUCUCUGUUUCUCUCUCUAUGAUAAUCAACCAUGUACUGUAUCAGGUGCUAUUCUAUUACAUUUGUUUAAAAAAAAAAAAAAAUGCAAAUAUGUGAAAUGUUUCCUUUUAUUUUGUAAAUCUGUUGUAGACAUUAAAGCAAGCUGAGAAUACCUCACUUUUUUCCGCAUGGCCGUUCAAACAACAAGGUUGUUCUAUUGCCUUUAUGAACACACCCUGUUAGGAAGUACAUAUUUAGUGGAAUGAAUAAUUCUGAACAUGAAAUCGACGCUACAAACCUUUUGUCUGUCAUCUACUCAGUGACCAUUUGUUCAAUAAAUACCUUCAA